UGUAAACAAGAAUAUAAAACAUGUUCAACUGCAGCUACAGAGGCAACUUGCAUUAAAUGGAGAACUUAAAAUGAAAGCUUCAGUUGGAUCUGAAUCAGCAGGACAAACAGGUUUGAGAUCCACCCUUAAAAUCACCAAGCUGAGAAUAAAGAAGAGCCACUGUGUGACCACACACUUCUGGCUUCCUCUGAGCGAGUCAACAACGGGAAGAGAAAACUAUUAAAACUUCCGACACAUUUUCUUCAGGCUGAUCAAAUUCUGAAGCUUCAAUCAGAGACUAAAUGGCUUCUAAAUCAAAGGACCAUCUCUGCAGUCUGCACUCUGAGAAACUCAAACUCUUCUGUCUGGACCACGAGGAGCCCUUAUGUCACAUCUGCAGAGAUUCUGAAAGACACGUCUACCACAGGAUCCGACCCAUUGAUGAAGCUGCACAGAAAAAAAGGAAAGAACUUUGGGAAGAUCUGGAACCUUUAAAGAAGAGACUGAAGCGAUUGAAGAAAGUUAAAGAUGAGUUUGAUCAGACAGCAGAACAUAUUAAAGUCCAGGCCAGGCACACAGAGAGGCGGAUUAAGGAACUGUUCAAGAAGCUCCAGCAGUUUCUGCAAGAGGAAGAGGAAGCCAGGCUUGCUGCACUGAGAGAGGAGGAGGAGCAAAAGAGUGGAAUGAUGAAAAGGAAGAUAGACACUCUGAACAGAAAGUUAGCAGCUCUCUCAGACACAGUCAGAGCCACAGAGGAUGAGCUGGCAGCUGAAGACAUCUCCUUCUUGAGCAGCUACAAGGCAGCAGUGGAAAGAGUCAAGCGUUGCCCCCUGCUGGAUGUUCCACUGCUGCCCUCAGGAGCUCUGAUAGACCAGGCCAAACACCGGGGCAACCUGGCCUUCCACAUCUGGAACAACAUGAGGGACAUGGUCUCCUACACCCCUCUUGUUUUGGACCCAAACACUGCUGAUUCAAGUCUCUACCUGUCUAAAGAUCUGACCAGUAUGAAAAUAGGAGAUAAGCAGCCCCUUCCUGAUAAUCCAGAGAGGUUUGAUGGCUGGUCGUCUGUUCUGAGUUCAAAGUCUUUUGAAUCAGGAAAUCACAGCUGGGAUGUUGAUGUUGGAGACAGCUCAUUCUGGACCCUUGGUGUGUUAGCUGAGUCUGCUCAGAGGAAAGGAGAGACACGGUCUGGACUUGUGGUAUUAGGGUUCUUUGAAGAUGAAUACAUAGCACGGUCACCACCAUCUCCUCCCACUAACCUCCCAGUACAUAGAAAGCUCUGUAGGAUAAGAGUUCACCUGGAUUGGGACAGAGGAAAGCUGUCAUUUACUGAUCUGGAUACAAACACUCACAUACAUACUUUAACCCACAACUUCACUGAGAGGAUGUUUCCCUUUUUUGUUGCAGUUGAAAUGAAAAUUUUACCAGUGGAGAUUUCUGUAAUAAAACAGCAAUUCUGAUG